AUGACACAGCAGCCCGACAAGACGUGUCGGUUGGACGACAAGAGAGCACAACAAGUAAAUAUGGACGAUGAAGCAGAUCUCGGAGAGUCGUUGGCUUCGAACCAAGACUGUUCGCCAAACAGCUCGUCCAGUUUGUCCAAAUCCGAUGUGAUGUCUGGGAAUCAGAUGAUCGAUAACUGGUUGGGUCUGAGUGUACAUUGCACUACAUCUAUUGAAGAUUUUUGUGAUGGAGAUUUGGAGCAACCAGACACAGAUCCAUCGCCAUCCACUUCUGGCCUGUCUUAUGAUUUAACAGCAUUUCCAAAAACAACAUCAGCAAUGACUAUGUUUUAUCCACACUUGAAUGGUUAUGACAUUCACCCAUUGCUUUUGAACCAAAGACGGCGGAAUCAAAUGGAAUCAUCAUUUAUAGACCCAUUGAAUUUACCACCACAUCCUCUUAUGCCUGAUGUUCCACGUCAAAUGAUUCAUAAAAAUAAGGUACGUCCAAAAGUAUCUCACAGGCGAUCAGAUUUUACAAAUACCCAGUCAUCAGAUUUUGAACAACCUUUAGUCGUCGAUACAGAAAAAUAUCAUCGCAAAUCGUUUUAUUGUGUGGCAUGUAGUAAAACGUUUAAAUUCCAAACAUCGUUGCUGCGACAUAAUAACAAAGUGCACAUUAGUAAGUACCAGUGUCAAUCUUGCCAUCGUGUAUUUUCAAGGCAGGCAUAUCUUGACGUGCACACAUCUAAACAGGGAAGUUCAUGUUACCUGGGUAAUGGAUAUGGCAUUGCAAAGUCAAAAAAAUAA